AUGCGCAUGAGUUGUAAAGUGUUGUCUCAAGCUCUGUGCGAUAAGCAGCGCUUCUGCACUCAUGUCAGAUGGUUGCCCCUCCUUUUGAAACGAGGGUUUGUGAGGUGUCCUGUCCGUUUGGGGGCUGCUGGCACCGGAACAAAGUUAGUCAGUUUGAUUUUUCAGGUAACAGCUGUCUUCUGCCAAGCAGCUAUUGACAGCGCUCAGCAAGAUCAAGCCUCCGUGAUCCAGUCCAUCUUGGAGAACAAGGAAAUGCACCUGGACAAGAUCCGCACUCUUUUCAGCCAGUUCGGUGGGGAGGACUGUAAUACCAUCACAUUCGCCAUGUUCGAGUCGACCAUUCAGGAGCCCAAGGUCAGAGAGUACUUCGAGUCUCUCGGGCUCGAUAUUUGGGAUGCAUGGAGCUUCUUCAAGAUGUUGGACUUGGACAGUGGUGGUGAGGUCGAGAUCGACGAAUUUUUGAUGGGGUGCUUACGUUUACGAGGCAAUGCACGCGCCGUCGAUGUCGGCAAGCUCAUUCACGACCAGAACUGGCUCAUCAAGAAUUUCGGCAGGUUCCAGGGGCAUGUGGAAGUUCAGCUCUCCCAUCUGCUUGGCCUUAUGGCGUCGGCUUUGGGUGUGGAGAACGUUGUUAUUGAAGGUCUCGCCCCUGGAAAUUUCAGCAGAGGUACCACUCCAUGGGACAAAUCAGGUGAGAAACUCGCUUCACCAAUUCGUACCAAAGAACAAGGCUGA